AGACAUUCACGUGUGUAGUAUGAGAACGAGAUGAUCAAGUUUACCUUGUAUAUGUUACUCAUCCUACAACCAGUUAUUCACGUGGUCCUAGUCUCUCCGGAACUCUCUAUUCAUUCCAUAUCAAACGGUACAUCAUCAUAUCAUUGAUGAACAUGUCAAUGAACAUGUGUGGGCAUCACUGUGGUGUUUGCUUCGUGUUACUUUCCUUGAUCUUACAAAAUAUCGUAAAUACCAUUAUCGGAAGUCAAUGUCUAUAUGACUGCCCAAGCGACUACUAAUUUCUCGGAUCUCAUACCUUAAUACAGUGACCAGAUGUCCCAAAUCUCGCGAAUUCUUGUGUCAAACUCAACCUGAAGACAUAACUUUCUCUGAUAAUCCAUCAAGAAAACACACAUUAACAUCUUGGACCAUUAUUAUUCUCGUAAUUUAAAUAUUAAGAAAGGAAAAGGAAAAUCAAAGAAGUGUGUGAUUUUGUGGUGUCAAUUAACUUCUAUGACCAUUCCAUUGGAUAGUAUAAGAAGAAAAUGGAGAGUGCAAGUCACAAAGAAAGAGACUCAAAUUGACACAUAGAAACCUAAUACAUAUUCUUUAUCUUAAAUUAUAAAAUUUUUAUGAGAGGAUGGAUGUGUUUAUAAUUUUUUAUAUGCAUAUAUAGAUAUCCUCAAGAAACAGGCCAAAAGUAUGUUGAAAUGGUUGGACCAAUAUAUAUUGAGUUUGAUGAGGUGUUGUUUUAAGCACUUAACUAAAAUAUUAUAUAUCUUGAAAAUGAAUAAUUUGUGUGGUACACCCAACCCUGAAAUGGGAAUAUAGUCCAUUGGCAAUUAUCAUACUCUUGGUCCAGCUUACAAUAGUAUAAUGAACAAUUCAAAUUAAAAAGUUAUGAAAAAUUUUACAAUUAAAAUUCUUGAUCUUGACUAACUACAAUUAAUUUCAUCACCAAAUAAUAGUUAAAAAAUAUUAAUUUGGAAACUAUUAGCCCAUAAUAUAGUAAUGAUGAUGUAUGUGGCCCUGUUGGUGAUUGGCAAUACUCUAGGUCUUAUAUUACCUACUCAUUAAUUAAGCUUGAGUACGUUUGAAUAUUUGGAGUCAUAACACUUACUAAGAUUAGAACAAAGAAUAAAAAUCAGACAUGAAUCGUGCAUACAUGAUAACCUUAUUUUGGAAAAACAAAGUUUUUACAACACUUAAUCUCAAAUAGAAAAAGACCAGAUAAUUAGUUCAAUUAUCGUCCGAUAGUUAUUAACACAAAUCCUCAAACGAUAACUAAAUUUUUUUGUGCGAGAUUAACAAUUCGACAUAUAAUAAAAGUACAAUAUACGAUACAAUCAUCUUAUCUAUUAUAAUAUAACGAUAAUAUUGUGCCGACUUCAUCACUAAUACAUAAUCUAUCUAAUAUAACCAACUAAUACAAUGCGACCAAGUGUUAGUAGUCGUAUUUUGGCACUUUCUCUUUUCGUUUUCACGGAAAAUAAAUAUGGAAGCAAAGAAAAUAAACCCAUGCACGAUAAUAACAAUAUUUUUCCCGGUGUCAUACCUUGGCUGCAUUUUUGCGUUUGGAAAUGGAUAUUUUCUAGGCAACCAAACCGAACCUUAUAUUAUAUGAAAACGAAGGUCAUGAAUAGGAAACCACCCUUGUGAGAAGAACUAGGCAACAACCAAGCAUAGGAAGAACCACCAAACUACCAACUAACCCAGAAACAGACAAACAAAUAGAAAUUAUUGUCGAAUAAUAUUAGGUACACACUGGAAAUUGUGUUCAUAUAUAUGAAUUCUAGUUAGUUGUAGUAGGUUUUCCAUCCAUGUAAAAGAAAAAACAUGUGUUUUGGUAACUAUUUAUGUUGAAAAAUCAUGUUAUUAAGAUGCGGUCGUAUGACAAUUUCGCGGAUCAACGUUCCGACUCAAUAACAAAAAAAUACAUGUAUUAUGUUGUUUGUUGUGGGUGUCUUUUGUCGUAAGUGUUUGCUUGAAUUUGUUACUACUGCAUCUCAUCUCUGUUGAGAGAGUAAGUCUACUUGACUUGCAUGUCACCUACGUUUUAAAAAUUGAUCUUAUACUGCUCAAUCCAACCUAACUAUUCAUGAUAAAAAAUCAUGUUAGGAUGUGGUCGUAUGACAAUUUCGGCAAAUCAAUGUUCCGACUCAAUAACAAAAAAAAAAUCUUUGAAUUUGAAGCGGAGGCUUAUAACAUAUAAAUGUACUAUAUUGUUCACCGCGGGUGUCUUUUGUCGUAAGUGUUUGCUUGAAUUUGUUACUACUGCAGCUCAUCUCUGCUGAGAGAGCAAGUCUACUUGACUUGCAUGUCACCUACGUUUUGAAAAUUGAUCUUAUACUGCUCAAUCCAACCUAAAUUUCAAAUCAUGAGUUCACGAUGAGGGAGAUUGAUGAUGACGGUAUUAGGAGGGAGAUUGAUGAUGACGGUAUUAGGAGUCGUAUCUAGAGAUAAUAAAAUGUUGAGCAUAUAUGAGUAUAUGACUAUGUAAACAUUACGUACAUGCUUACUAGACAUAAACGAACACCGCUAGCAAUUAACUCAACAUGGUUUUGUAACCAAUAAAACUAGACUCGUUGAGACUAGACCGGACUAAUCAAGUAUUUGCUUAAAAUUUUAAUUAAGAAAUUCUGUAAAAAACUUCUUUACAAAAUUUGCUUUCACUAAGUCACCUUUCAUAAUCUAAAUCCAGUUUACUUAAUACUCACUGAUCACAACUAAUUUUCAACGAGAACCUGUCACCAUCUCAAUCUAAUCUUUUUUAUGUGCCACAUGAAGCAAAAGAGAAAUCCGAAUGGGUAACUACUAACGCGUCGAUUGUGGGUGGCUACACGCUGGUCUUCCAUUCAGGGAAAACAAAGCCAAAAAUCAAAUAAAUAAUUAAUAGUCAUAAUCAAUCAAUUAUAUAAAAACAAAAAAACUUCGUUAGAGCAGUCAAGCAAUGCAGAGAAUUAUUAGCCGGAAAACCCCCCACCAGGAGGAAAGCAAGAAACUCUUUGCAAAAACCCAGAAACCAGAAUAAAGGAUUACCCACUUUCUCAAUCCUUCUAAAAACUCCAAUUCCUUUACCCACACAGAUUCUCCUUCUUGGGUUCUUCUUCUUCUUGCGUAAAGUUCCUUCCUUUCUGAUCUCCUAAAGAAAACCCUUCUCUGUCAGAAGCCAGAAUCGUUAAAAGGGGCUCACAGGGGUCAGAGAGGGAAGAAAGUUCUUGUGAAAACAGGGGAAAGGAAAAAUAAUGAACCAGAAAGCCAACGUUUCCAGGGAACUUAACGCCAAGCACAGUAAAAUAUUGGAAGGGCUGCUCAAAUUGCCUGAGAAUAGAGAAUGUGCUGACUGCAAAAGCAAAGGUCCGAGGUGGGCUAGUGUGAAUCUUGGAAUCUUCAUAUGUAUGCAAUGUUCUGGGAUUCAUAGAAGUCUUGGAGUACACAUAUCACAGGUAAGGUCUGCUACAUUAGACACAUGGCUGCCUGAGCAAAUUGCCUUUAUCCAAUCUAUGGGCAAUGAGAAAUCAAACAGUUACUGGGAAGCAGAGUUGCCUCCUAACCAUGACAGAGCUGGGAUUGAGAACUUCAUCAGAGCAAAGUAUGUGGAUAAACGAUGGAUUCCAAGGGACGGGAAAGCAAGAAUCUUGCCAUCAAAUGUGAAUGGAGAAAAGGGUUCGAUAGCUGGAGGAGCUAGUAGGAGUAAUGAGCAGAGACAGAUAACUAGAAGUGAUUAUGAUCGUGCUUCUAUGGACAGAAAGAUUGCCCCUCCACCCGUUACUACCAAUGGAAGUAGUGUUCGUGUCUCCAAGAGUGUCAAUCUGGAGCCUGUUGCUGUUGCUGUUCCUCCCAAGAGUAGUCCUCCAGAGCCAGUUAAAGUAGUUCAGCAGCAGCAGAUUGCGGCUCAAACCCCAAAACCACAACAAUCUGUGAAGAACUCUGAACCAGCAGUAACAAAGCCAGCACUGCCGAAGAAGGAAACAAGUCAAACCCCACCUGCACCUGUACCAGCACCGACACCAGCACCAGCACCUAAAGUGGACUACGCAACUGAGCUUUUCAACUUGCUUUGCAUGGAUGGUUCCAGCUUAAAUGGCUCUAAUGCUCCGACAAGCAGUAACGCUUGGAGUACUACUGUAACCGAGAAAAAAGCAAUUGAAAAGCCCAGUAUGAUCAUUCCACUUCCCAUGCCUCAACAGCAUUUCCAACAACAACAGCAACAGCCAUUCCAAAUGCCUUACUCAGCAAAUUCCAAUGUAGGAUCCCAAGGUUUACCCACCAAUGGGAAUACAAUGAAUUCAAAUGGGGUUCAGUUUUCCCAACAUAACUGGCAAGGAACAACUGGUCACCAAGCUCCUGCAAGCACAUCGAUUCCCAUGGCUGCUUAUCAUCCUGGAAAAUAUAAUCAGACUGGAAACAACCCACAGAUGCAUCCAAUAGCAAAUGCAUAUCCUAUCCCAAUGUCAAGUAUAUACGGGCAAGGGCCGGUUGCUCCCAUGAAUGGCGUGGCAAUGCAUCAUCAUCAUCAUUAUCCAGCUGCUGCUCCUCAACCAUAUCCAGUUGCUGUAGUAAAUCAGCCUCAGGGACAAUAUUAUGAUUUAUUGAGCUUCACGCCAGGUGUAUAUCGGACAUGGUGAAACAGAGAAUUGCUCUCUGUUUUCUUUUUCCUUGGACCUAAACACAUUUACCUGCAACUUGUAGACGUAGUUUUGUGCAAAAUAUUUAUUGGAAAUAAUAGAAAGAAAUUGGUUUCCAUUUCUUUUCGGAGCAGACUUCGAUUUGGUUCAAUAAAGAAAAAAAAAAGCUAAAUAAGAUAGGAAUGUUAGGUCGAGGUUUACGACGAGAGCAAAUGCGAUACAUAAAUAGCCUAAGAAAGAGUAUCCGAAUGAAGAAAAAAUGUUAUUUCCAGAUAUUUUAAUUAUUCAAAUUCGAAGUAAUUUCCUCUUUUUAACGAAUGCUCAAAAGUGCCUCUUCAAAUCAAAUUCAGAUUUCAAGAUGACGAAAUUCUGAUUAGUUGAUAAUAUUAUUUGAUAACUUCCUGAAAAAAGAUUCUUCUAAUUUGAGUCUAUAAAAAAAAUAUUACCAGAUCGUAUUCAUAUUCAAUGUAAAAUAAAUAAGCGUAUUAAUACCAUUAUGAUGUUAUCAUUACGAAUUGGUGAUCAAAAUAGUAUAUUUGCUAAAUACAUGUUCCAAUAAAUUUUUUUUUUGCAUCAAAUGGAGGCUUUUAAGCCAAGAAAGAGACAUGUUCCAAUAAAUAAAAGCCACUGCUGCAAGAUCACAUUGCAUGCACCAAACUGAUAUAAUGCAAAUUAAAAUGGGUUUGGGCUUUAUAGGGUGGAUCCAGGCUACUAAGAGAGAGGAUCAAAUUGUGCUUCUGGGCCUAGAUCUAAGUUUUAACUGGGCUAAUCAACCCAAAGAAACUAAAACCAACCUGACAAUGUCAUGACAGACAGCUAAAUUGGAAAGAUUCCAUAUGCAAGCUGCUGAUAGAUUCAGUAGUCCACACAAACUCUGGUUUAUUUAGAGAUACAACCCAUUUAAUUACCCUCCACACAAUUUUGACUAUUUAUUUAAAAUAGUUGUCAUAUCUCGAUAACGAUAUCAGUUGAUUUGGAAUCUUUUAUACCAUAUGAGCCUGAAAACAAACUAGUCCUAUUAUAUGCAAGCCAUACAAAGGAAUUUAAAAAAAAAUUAUAUACUCUAACAAUACUAGAAAAGCAGAUAAAGUGUAGUAUGACGAUACCUAAGACACCAUUACAACUCCAAACAACGCAAUUUGAGUCAUUCAAAAAACGUUUGCUGACAAUCUAUUUUUGUACAUUAGUUUUGCAGUAGAAGCAACUUUCUUAUACAUAAAUAAUCUUGUAAGUUUUGAACAAUUUGUACUUAAAUUUGUGUCUCGCUUUACUUUGGUGUUCCUUCCCCUUUAGACCGUACAUAUGACCUCAAUCUCACCCCAUAUUAGUUGACACUUGGCAGUGGUCGAAAUCUAGAAAUAUCUAUCUAUCUAUUAUCUUCUAUUUGUUUAACCUCUAAGCAAACAAAUGUUUUGGUCUAGGUUGGUAAAUAUCUUUGCUUUGAUAAAAUCAUUAGAUGGAAAACGAGAAAGCUUGAUGAUUCCCAUUUUCAUACACCAAAGAAAACAACAACAACAACAACACACAAAAAAAAAAAGUUAAUUAAUUAAAGAUAAGUUAGAUU